UUGCAACAAAUCAAAAUUAUUACUAACAAACACCUUUUUUUCCUCUAUUUUUUCGUCUUUUCAUCAUGCCAUCUUCGGCAUCGUUUCACCACAAAACGUUACACUAUAGAUUUCUUUACCUUUUAUAUAAAAAUCUUAAGUAAGAGAAAAAAUAAUAAUUAAAAUUUAGAUUGGAAAAAAAUCUAGUUAGUGAAGAAGACUAAAGAUUAAUGCUUAGAUUAGUUUUUCUGCGAAAGAUUUAAUUUUAAAAAAUGGGUUUUUCAAAUUGAGUAUUGAUCUCAAUUGGGUACUUGAACAAACCCAGAAAAAACGAUGGAAAAAUCUGGGUGUCGUACGGUGGGUGAUUAUAUAAUCGGGCCUAAAAUCGGGUCGGGUUCAUUUGCAGUGGUUUGGAAGUCAAAGCAUCGGGUUUUGGGUACUGAAUUUGCUAUCAAAGAGAUUGAUAAGAAGAAUUUUAACGAUAAUUUAAGGAAGGAGAUUUCUAUUCUUAGUAAUAUUAGUCAUCCUAAUAUAAUUCGCCUUUUUGAAGCAAUUGAGACAGAAGAAAGGAUUUAUCUUGUGUUGGAGUAUUGUGAUGGUGGGGACCUUGGAGCAUACAUUCAUAGACAUGGAAGAGUAUCAGAAGAUGUUGCUAGGCAUUUCAUUAAGCAACUUGCUGUAGGAUUGCAAGUGCUUCGUGACAACAAUCUUAUUCAUAGAGAUUUAAAACCUCAGAACCUAUUGUUAUCUAGUAAAGAGGUGACUCCAAUGCUAAAGAUUGGUGACUUUGGCUUUGCUAGAUACUUGACUCCUCAAAGCUUGGCCGAUACGCUUUGUGGUUCACCAUUGUACAUGGCUCCUGAGAUAAUUCAGAACCAGAAGUAUGAUGCAAAAGCGGAUUUAUGGAGCGUUGGAGCAAUAUGUUAUCAGUUGGUGAUUGGGAAACCACCAUUUGAUGGAAAUACUCAGCAUCAGCUUUUUCAGAAUGUUUUGACAUCCACAGAGCUGCGUUUCCCUGAGGGUGCGCUGCCGGUAUUACAACAUGAUUUUGUGGAGUUUUGUAGAAGUCUUUUGCGUCGAAACCCAGUUGAACGGCUAACAUUUGAGGAAUUCUUUAAUCACAAGUUUUUAAGGCUUCCCAGGUUUGCAGUCAAUGCAGAAUCUUCUGGGGUUUCUCGAGUUGAAUCUGUGUCUUUAACCAAUGAUCAGUUUCCCGAUAUACAUCAUAAAGCCGUAAUGAAGGCAUCUGAACAGACCGUAAAACCAGAUAAUUCGGUGAAUGACGAGAAAACUGAAAUCGGGAUGGAUCAAUGUAGUACGCAUUCUGGUAGAGAUGUCGCUGGAGGCACGCCCAAUGUUCCUUCUUACAAAACUAAGCAUAAUGUUGAGGAUGGCCCGCAUUUAGUGAGUCAAACUCGAGUUGCUUAUUCUUUGGAUGCUAUCGAAGCAGAAUAUGUGCUUGUUCAUUCUAAUUUUGCAUCGAUGGAAAUCCUCACGUCUUCUCUUGGUAAAUCCUUGAAAGAAGGUUCUGCUACUAAAACUUGUGACCUAGCGCUCAAGAAUAAGGACAAGCAGUUGCCUAUCAUGCCCGAGAUGCGGGAUCCAACUUCUAAACUUGUUGGUGACUCGGAUAUUGUUUUACAAACUCCAUUAGCUGCUAGUUCUGCACCUUGCGUAAUAAGGGAAGCACAGGAGCUACCUAUUUUACAUCCUUCAGCAAGAUUACAACUAAUACAUCACUAUGUGGGCAUCCUUUCGGAUCUUGCACGAGAGAAGGUAAAUGAUGGCUUCUUUCUGGAAUCAUUUUCAGUUGAAUUGGUAGUUUUGGCUGUAUGGAAGGAGGCGUUACGAAUUUGCAACUCUUGGAUAGCACAAAGUGCUGCACGCAAGAGUUCUGCGAUAAAUAAAGUUUCGGAUGAGGGAGCUGCAAGCUCUUCCUCAAAAGCAAACGAUACCGUAGACUUCACGAAUCCUUCAUCAGUAUUGAUAUGGGCUGAGCAAGGCUUUAUUAAUGCAUUUGAUGGAACCGAGAAGCUGGCCAAGUAUCUACAGGAUGGCGAUGGUGCUGCCGAGAUGCCGGAUGCUUUGGAGAUCAUAUUUCAGACAGCAAUUGCUGCUGGGAAAGAUGGAGCAGCGGAUGAAUUUGUUGGAAAUCGAGAUAGUGCCGUUACGUUGUACUCCAAAGCUCUUCAUCUGUUCUCAUUCAUAGUCGCUGAAGCUCCAUCUUUGCCGUUGAAUCCUCCGUUUACAUUAGAUCUCGAGAGUAAGCAACGAAUCCGUAAAUAUAUGAAGAGCUUAGAAUAUCAUUUGAAUCGGUCACAGAUUUCACAGCCAUCUAUGAAGCAGCUGCCAGGCUUCAGUGUCAAGUAAAUACAAGAAACUGUACAGAAAAUCUUAGAAUAACAUUCAAUAGGUCUAUUUUAAUGGGUCGCUGACCGCUGACUUAAUUCCCGAAGCCUUAAGAACAAGUCGGGCUGUGGAGUCGUACGAUGUUUGGUAACAUCAGACGAGAGAUGGCUCAUAAGGAAUUAAAGUACAGACUUCUUUCUAAUUAGAGUUAGUUAUAGGAGAUCAUGUACAUACCACUGUCUAUUCUUUAUCUGGAUUGUAAAUAUUUACCAAAUCAUGCGAACGCUUCAAGUUU